GAAGCUCGAAAAAGUGCAGAUUCCCGGAACGGGGAUACAAGUUUACUGUAACACGACGACACCGACACCGCGGCCGUUCCUGACAAGGCCCUUUUGGCGGGCCGCAUUUAAUCUGGUGCACAACCUGGCACACCCAGGAAUCAAGGCGACGGGCAGACUCGUGGCGCAGCGCUACGUCUGGCCGUCGAUGAACGUUGACUGCCGCAGCUGGGCACGUGCAUGCGUGCCCUGUCAACGAUCGAAGAUCUCUCGACACGUCUCGGCACCCUUGGGAAAAUUUGCUGUUCCAUCCAACAGAUUUGAACACAUCCACCUGGACAUAAUCGUGAUGCCGGUCUCGGAGGGCAUGCGAUAUUGUCUCACGUGCGUGGACCGCUUCACACGGUGGCCGGAGGCGUUCGCACUUCGAGAUCAGGAGGCGGAGACGGUCGCAAGGUUAUUCUACGAAGGAUGGAUUUGCCGAUUCGGGGCGCCCGUGCGGAUAACAACGGACCAGGGGCGCCAGUUCGAGUCCCAUCUUUUUCGGCGGCUGAGCGAGCUGACAGGAGUGCAGCAGCUGAAGACGACAGUGUACCACCCGCAGGCAAACGGAAUGGUCGAGCGGUUCCAUCGCCAGCUCAAAGCGGCCAUCAAAUGUCAGCAGAAAGAUCGCUGGACCAGAGAAAUUGCCGACGUUGUUUAACUGGCCCAGCACUGGUCCAGCAUCGACAACCAAGAGUCGGCAGGCAAUCUUGUGCCAAUACUGGUUAAAAGCCAGGCCAUACGACGGGCCAUUAUAAAAUCCAGACGUGGGCCAACACAAGCUGCAAAAUAGGCCAAGCUCUGGCUGCGACACAGGCCCAGCAUUGGUUCAGUAUCGGCAGCCAAGGUCGGCAGACAAUUUUGUGCCAGUACUGAUUAAAAGCUGAGCUGUACGACGAGCCAUUAUAAAAUACAGACGUGGACCAGCAUAGGCUGCAAAUUAGGCCAAGUUCUGGCGACACAGGCCCAGCAUUGGUCCAGUAUUGGUCCAGUGUCUCCAAGCGCUUUGCUAAGCAAAUCAACAACGACGUGUUUUUUAAUGAGUCAUUGUGUGUGGUCACAAACAGCCGCCGAUGUACUGAGAGGAAGAGAAGGCCCGGGGGACGUCGAGCAUCAGCUGAGCAAUUUGAAGAUCAACAUGUGAGCAACAAUUCCGUCGCUGCGCAUUGACCGAUGAACAAAUUAUUUUUAUAUUUAUAUUAUAUAAUAAUCAUUA